AUGAAGGAAUCCGGUGAGGCGUUCACCAAGACGGAGACGGGCGACGCCACGGUGAAAGGAGAAAAAGAAGAAGAAGCUGUCCGCACGCAGCAGCAGCAGCGGCAGCGGCGGCGCCGGCGCCGCUUGGCGUGGGCCUGCGGGCUGUUCCUGCUGCUGCUGGUGAUCCUCGGCACGGUCGCCCUCGUGCUCGCCCUCGUGGUGUUCAAAAUCCGGGAGCCUACGGCUACCCUUAACUCCGUUACCCUGAAGCGCAUCGCGUCGCAACUCAGCCUCGCCUCGUUCACCUUGCAGCUCAACCUGACCCUCCACCUGGACCUCCUCAUCCACAACCCCAACCGCGCCUCCUUCUCCUACGGCUCCGGCGACACGGCCGUCCUCUACCGCGGCAUCUCCGUUGGGCAGGGAAACGUGCAACCGGGCCGCAUCCCCGCGCGCGGCGACGCCCACCUCGCCGUCAACCUCACCGUGGACGCCGCCCGCUUCGCCGGGGACCUCCCCGGGCUGACACAGGACCUCAUCGCCGGGCGGCUGGAGCUCGACACCUCCACGAGGAUCCCCGGCAGGGUCUCCUUCCUCGGUUUCAUCAAGCGCCGAGCCCUCGUCCUCAGCGGCUGCGAGUUCGUCAUCGGGGGUUUGCCCCAGCCGAAGAUCCUCGAGCAGCAGUGCCGCCAGAAGACCGAGCUCUGA